UUUGCAUUUUGUCGUGGGAGUCGAGUCUAGUGAAACUUUUUGUGACUAAAUUCUGAAUUACUAUUACAUUUACAAGCAUUUAUUUGCAUUUAAAUAGUUCCUUAUUUUAUUAAAAAGAUGUCUCCCGCAGCAACAAUGGGUGGACGAGCUCAAGGACCCGGUGUCUAUAGAGACAAAAGUAAACCGACUGACAUUCGAUCAAGUAACAUAACCGCUGCAAAAGCGGUUGCUGAUGCCAUCAGGACUAGCUUGGGACCAAGAGGAAUGGACAAAAUGAUCCAAGCUGCCAAUGGGGAAGUAACCAUUACCAAUGAUGGAGCCACAAUUCUAAAACAAAUGAAUGUAAUUCAUCCAGCAGCAAAAAUGUUGGUAGAGUUGUCCAAGGCACAGGAUAUCGAGGCCGGUGAUGGGACAACUAGUGUUGUGAUCGUGGCUGGAGCGCUACUGGAGGCCGCAGAGAAGCUGCUCCAGAAGGGCAUCCACCCGACCACCAUCUCGGACGCGUUCCAACGCGCAGCCGCCAAGGCUGUGGAGAUACUCACACAGAUGGCCAUGCCUGUACAGCUGGUGGACAAAGAGAGUUUGGUGAAAAGCGCCUCAACCAGUCUCAACUCCAAGGUGGUGUCUCAACAAUCGUCUCUACUGGCUCCGAUUGCAGUCGAUGCCGUACUCAAGGUUAUUGACCCAGCUCAUGACACCAAUGUUGAUUUAAAGGACAUCAAGAUCAUCAAAACCCUCGGAGGUACUGUGGAGGAUACAGAACUGAUCGAAGGUCUGGUGUUCACUCAGAGAUCUGCCAAUGUCAACGGACCCAAGAGAAUAGAGAAGGCCAAGAUUGGACUCAUCCAGUUUUGUAUUUCACCACCGAAAACUGAUAUGGACCACAAUGUGAUUGUGUCAGACUAUGCAGCCAUGGACCGAGUACUCAAGGAGGAACGACAGUACAUCCUAAACAUUGUCAAGCAGAUCAAGAAGUCCGGCUGUAACGUGUUGUUGGUACAGAAGUCUAUACUGCGAGAUGCCGUGAGUGAUCUGGCCAUUCACUUCCUGGACAAGAUCAAGGUGAUGGUGAUAAAAGAUGUGGAGCGCGAGGACAUCGAGUUUGUCUGCAAGACAUUGAACUGCCGUCCUAUUGCCAGUCUUGACCAUUUUGUUGCUGAAAACCUGGUGUCAGCUGAUUGUGUUGAGGAAAUGCCAUCUGGCACUACAAGGUUUGUCAAAGUCACUGGUAUCCACAACCCUGGCAGGACAGUGACUAUUGUGGUGAGGGGCAGCAACAAACUGGUGUUGGAGGAGGCAGACAGAUCCAUCCAUGACGCUCUGUGUGUUAUCAGAUGUCUCGUUAAACAAAGAGCUUUGAUCGCCGGAGGUGGAGCUCCAGAAAUUGAGUUAUGUCUCAAACUAGCAGACUUUGCUCAGACUGUCACUGGAGUUGAUGCCUACUGUUACAGAGCGUUUGCGUCGGCUCUGGAAGUGAUCCCUAUGACUCUAGCAGAGAAUGCUGGUCUCAACCCGAUAUCCACUGUUACUGAGCUGAGGAACAGACAUGCCAAGGGGGAGGCCACCGCAGGGAUAAACGUCAGGAAGGGUUGUAUCACCAACAUCCUGGAGGAGAACGUAGUCCAGCCUCUACUAGUGUCUACCUCUGCCAUCACUCUGUCGUCCGAGACAGUUCGCAGCAUUCUCAAGAUUGACGACAUUCUUAACACCUUUAAUGGAUGAACAGAUCUCCAUUCCGCUUGUUCAACUUAACUCCAGAAAAGAAGAUCCUGCUCUCAGCACUGCGCUAAGAACAUUUCCUAACACAUUAAUCCUUCUUUAUGUUCGUUUUUUAACUAAUUAUUUUCUAUCAAUUUUGAAAAUGCUUUAUCUUGUUGUAUGACAAAUUUUGUUUAAACAACCUGUAUUAAUAAAAGUAUUUCUUAUA